CCCGGACACGCAGCAGGGCCACAGGCAGGCACGGCCUCCCAGCGAAGAGCCUUCCCGCCGCCGAGCGAGGUACCUGGGCAGCAUUACAGAGAGAGGGACAGCAUCUUUGAAGAGGUUUCACUGUUGGAAUGCCUCAGAUUAAUACAGCUACAGUUCUGCAGAUUUGUGUGCUGCUAUCUGCACUUCCUGUACAGUAUUUCAUAUCCCAGUGGUAUGGAACGGACUCUGCUCAGCGCCUCCAGGUGACACAAAGGAUAAUUGGCUAUUGGAACAGCUUUAUAAAGUCCUACUUGAGUCUGGAUGCAUGGACAGAUCAUCUAAAGCUGUGGAUAUCAAAGACAAGGAACUGGUACUAUGGAGAAAAGAGAACUCUAGGUGUUGAAGACGAAGAAGAAAUCCAUGCUUAUUUUGCAGAAUCAACUCACAUUCACAGUCCAAAGCCAGAAUCUGUUCAGUUUAAUGUGGGACAGGUGAUAGUACACAGAAGAUUUGGCUAUUCAGGAGUCAUUGUUGGCUGGGACGUAAAAGCUAGAGCUCCAGAAGAAUGGCUGCAGCACAAAUAUCCUCCAGAUAAACAGGGUCUAAGAGAUACUCCUCACUACCGAAUUCUUAUUAACCAAACCAACGGCUUUGGCAAGUCUACAGUUUAUAUUCCUGAGGAGGAGAUAACAAUUAUUAUGGGAUUAGAGGUAGUAUCUUUAAGCAUGAAGUCCUUUAUACGCAAUCCUGAUCUGACAACUUACUUCAGUAGAUAUGAUGGAUCUAAAUACAUUAUGCAACCAUGGUUGAGAAAAAUCUACCCCCAUGACUGAAGUAUUUAACAUUAUAUGUAAAUUGUGCAUCUGAUGUACAACUGCGCCGUACAUUCCUUUUUUAAACUGGGACAAAUGGAAACCAGGGUAAAACUGAUUUGUAAAUUGUUUCAUUAAAGAAAUAAAAUUGAACUUCUAGCAUAAAA